AUGAAAAGUGUAAAAAAUUUCAUAAUCCUUGCAUCAAUAAGUGCUGUAUAUUGCGGUGGACCGUCACCUUGCGAACCAUUUGCCAGUAAUUUUCAGGCAUUUGAACAAGCUUGGUUUAAUCUUGUGGAUCAAUAUCAAGAUACCAUUUUAAGCGCUUCAUCAGCAUAUCCUGUCUUCACACCAGCUCUCGUCGAUAUUUUUAAAUGUCAAACAAACUCAGCAUUUCGAUUCGUUGGUGAUGUAAUUAGUCAUUUUUCUGGAGUUGAUCGAGUUUAUGUAGCUGAAACUUUAAAUGGUAAUUUAUCAUCUGAAUCUGAAACACCAAUUGGAUGCAUUUCUAAUGAUAUAGUUAACAUGAAGCAGUACAUUUGGAGCAUAAAUGUAAAUGCGGAACAUCUUUUGGAGAAUUCAGUACAGCCUGAAACAACUCCAAACACCUGUGCUGAAUUAAAAUCAAGAUUUAAACAAAUUAAAGAAAUUGGCGUCAAUGUCAGUAAACAAAUGGGAGUGUCCUUGAAUGGUUACAGAAUAGUUUUUCAAUCACUUGGUAUAGAUGACUAUUUAUGGAUGAAUAAUUUGAUGUCACAAAUACCAUGUUUACACAAAUCUGUUGGCAUCGCAUUAGGUUCUCUAUUAAAUAGUGAUGGCAGUGUUGUUACUCAAUAUUUGACUGGUGAAACUACUGUCCUUCCUUAUCCUUUCAGCUGUAUUGAAAGUGAAUUGAGUUUUAUAAAAAAUAACUUAAAUCGAAGACUUUCUGAGCUUUAUUAUGGAACUAUAGAUUCAUUUGAUUUUAAAUUUGGUAAAAUAGAUUAA